AGCGAGGGGAUCCCAGUGGAAAAUGUCAAAUCGACAGCCGUUCACACUGAGUAUAAAUGUGAGGACAGCCCUUAGCUUCGACCCCAGUCAGCAACGACAUUGCAAGUGAUACCUUCUCAACCAAGCAACAGAUAAAAACAAAAGAAAAUGUCUGAAGAAGAAGAAGAACAAACCGCGCUCGUAUGCGACAACGGCUCCGGACUUGUAAAAGCCGGUUUCGCUGGAGAUGACGCACCACGUGCCGUCUUCCCAUCCAUCGUCGGUCGCCCUAGACAUCAGGGUGUCAUGGUCGGUAUGGGACAAAAAGACAGCUAUGUCGGUGACGAAGCCCAAAGCAAGAGAGGUAUCCUGACUCUCAAAUACCCGAUCGAGCACGGUAUCAUCACCAACUGGGACGACAUGGAGAAGAUCUGGCAUCACACCUUCUACAACGAGCUCCGUGUUGCUCCAGAAGAGCACCCCGUCUUGCUGACUGAAGCCCCACUUAACCCCAAGGCCAACCGUGAAAAGAUGACCCAGAUCAUGUUCGAGACAUUCAAUGUCCCAGCCAUGUACGUCGCCAUCCAGGCUGUGCUUUCCCUGUACGCCUCUGGCCGUACCACCGGUAUCGUUCUCGACUCUGGUGACGGUGUCUCUCACAAUGUCCCAAUCUACGAGGGUUACGCACUCCCUCACGCCAUCAUGCGAUUGGAUUUGGCUGGCCGUGACCUUACCGACUACCUGAUGAAGAUCCUUACUGAGAGAGGCUACUCUUUCGUCACUACCGCUGAGCGUGAAAUCGUGCGUGACAUCAAGGAGAAGCUUUGCUACGUUGCCCUCGACUUCGAACAAGAGAUGGCCACCGCAGCAUCCAGCAGUGGACUCGAAAAGAGCUACGAACUUCCUGACGGUCAAGUCAUCACCAUCGGAAACGAGCGAUUCAGAUGCCCAGAGACUAUGUUCCAACCAUCCUUCAUUGGUAUGGAAUCCUCCGGUGUCCAUGAGACCACCUACAACUCCAUCAUGAAGUGCGACAUUGACAUCCGUAAAGAUCUUUACGCCAACAACGUUCUCUCCGGAGGUACAACCAUGUACCCUGGUAUCGCUGACAGAAUGCAGAAGGAGAUCACUGCUCUUGCUCCCAGCACCAUGAAGAUCAAGAUCAUUGCUCCACCAGAGAGGAAAUACUCCGUAUGGAUCGGAGGAUCCAUUCUUGCUUCACUCUCCACCUUCCAACAGAUGUGGAUCACCAAGCAAGAAUACGACGAGGCUGGCCCAUCCAUUGUCCACAGAAAAUGCUUCUAAUUCUUCUCGCAUAAGAACUUGUAUAGUGUCAAUAAAGAUUUACGGUUCGCGUUAGUCAACUUGUGGUUUCCCGAGAGCACGUAGCUAACAAAUACACUACAGUCCUCCUUAAUUGUCGUAUUCAAAUGUUAUCGUGUAAAAUAAAGUCAUGCAAUG